AUGUCAAUACGAUACGGCGACCCUAUGGACCCUAUUGGUGAUCUGCGUGAAGUUUGGAAGACACACUGCCUACUGAAGAAAGGAGGUUUAUUUUUCCUCGGUUUGCCUCGAGGACGCGAUACCGUCGUGUUCAAUUUACAUCGAAUUUAUGGACAAAUAAGACUUGGGAUGAUUAUGGCAGGGUUUGAACUAUUGGCGACGUUUCGUAACGAUUCACCGCUGCCAGCUUCACUCACUCGAGACCACUUUGAACUGGGCCGGGGAGAAUACGUUCAAGAUUUAUUCGUCUUGAAAAAACUAUGA